AUGUCAGACUCAUAUUUCCUCACUCUCUUUCUGCUAUUUCUUCCGGUAAUAAUUGGCGCACCAACAAUCUGUUGCUGUUUAUGCCGUCGUUGCUGCAGACGAGAACGAAACGGUCUUCCCUAUUCUUACUUCCCGAGUAAUAGCAGCAGUAGUAGUGAUUCUUCGUCGUCGUCCUCUUCACGGAAUCUUUUAAAUUCCAAUGAAAUCGACCCACUUACUGCAUUCCCUCCGUUGAAUGGUCUAGUGGAUGAUCGAGUAGUGUACGUAUAUCAAUAUAAUCCGAACGGUGAGGAGUUCGUGAUGGGUACUGAGGGUGGAAAUGCUCCGGGUCUGAUAAAUGGAAGGCCACAACCUGCGUAUGGUGGAAAUGGACGGUAUUAUGUUCCGCAAAUGCCAUUGAUUCCACAUCCACCGUAUUAUGACGACGAACCGCCAAAGUAUGAGGAUAUAGUGGAUUUAUCGGUGUUGGGUGCCUUAUAG